AUGGAUAAGACAAAGCUCAAUGGUUUGACCGGAAAACGUGGAGCCGACGACCACGCCGGCACCGAUGACCAUGACGGUGGCGUCGGUUGUGGCGUUGUCACUUUUGGCGAGAACUCGAAUGCGAUGAUUCCGACGGCUCAAAGGGAAGUUCCGAUGCCGUCACUUGGAUGUGUCGAGGACCACGGCACCGAAUACGCCGAGGACUACCGUGGCACCGAGGUCCAACGCCCCGCCGAAGACUACCACGCCGAGGAUCCGAUGUCUUAUCUCCGUGGCCCCGAUGACGCAAGGGCCUCUCUUCCUGGCUUAGAUGUCUCAAGCUCUCGGACCAACCCUACGCCGAAGACCAAUGUCGCCCCGAGGAAUCGAGCUUUUGUCGCCGAAGACUCGAUAGGCAGAAUCCCGACGUCCUCGAGCUGA